GGAUCCAUUGAUCGUAAUGUCAGGUCAGUGACAAUAUGCGCUGAGUGUAACAAUAGUUGGCUAUUACUCACAGAGUUAGCUGGCUUUGUGGCUCUGUACUCUUGGACGCAACAAUAUAAUAACUGACAUUGUAACUCAACGAAUAGCUUACAAGAAGAGACAAGUAGAAAUGUAAAGACUAGAAUGAAAUCUCAAAGACGUUGAACUCCAAGUCACUUCAGCUGCUUGGGAAAGUGUGGGAAGAAACUACAAAGACCAGAAUAGUCAAUCUACAGAAGGGUUUGAAGUCCAAGCUAAGAUGUCUGAUGCAAGUUUAAAGACCUCGGCACAAGAGAAGAAACCAAAGCACAGACCUUCAACAACACCCACUGGUCUACCAGGAGACGAGCCCAUACUCAGAAAGAGGAAAACCCGUCAAAAACUCGGGGAGGUGGUGGACACGCUUCUGCCCCCCGAACAUAAGGCGGCACGCAGAAUUAUACGCCGGUCCCAGAAGCGUCACCCCGGGAUGGCGGGGAAAAACAACUUGACGCUCUACGAGAGGAUCAUGGCCUACCGGCAGCUCAAGACGACCGGAAGUUCCGGGUCAGCUGACAGCGAGACCAACGCAGGUCCGGGCUCCGCGGAGGACCAAAAAUCUCUGGAACGCAGCGAUACCGGGUGGGGCAGCGUCGACAUCUCCCAGUACACGGGUAGGCGAGAUGAGGACGAGGAGCGUAGGACGCCAACCCCACCUCCGACCCUGGCACUUGACGUCAGCAAGACUAAGAAGCAGCAUGGUAACGAUGACCUGGCCACCGCCCGAGAUGUCCAUCUUACACUCGAUGACGACAAGAAGAGAGAUGUCCUGCCGCCUGUUCGCAAUGCAACACCUCCGAAGAAACGAACACCGACUCCCACGAAGGACAAGGCGCUAGUUCGUCAAUCUUCGGAUCUGAACCAUCACGUGGUUCUCCCACCAAUCAGCGACUCUCGCCAAGAGCGUGCCGCCAGCUAUUCCGAAGACAGGCCACGCGUGGUCGAAAAGGAGAAAUUCGUCCAAGACCAUCGCCGGGAGGACAGCACUGUGCUCGUAGCUGCUGCUUCUGCUGCCAGAGUUGACAGGAGAGAUGACAGAAGAGAAGUCAGGAAAGAAUCUUUCGAUGAUAAUAAAUACGAGAAAGACGAGAAAAAAGCUUACAGCGUCAGUGAACAGCACAAAGAAACUCGACAGGAAGAGAUUGCUGAACGCCGGGAAGAGAAAAGCCGCCAUUCCGAUCGAGAUGACUACCGUAGCAGCAGAAAUGAGAUUCGAAGGGAAAACGAUAUUAGGGAUUCCAGAAAUGACGUCAGGAAAGAAGUUAUAAGAAAAGAGACUAUAGAUAGAGAUUCAAGAAGUGAUGAUUACAGAAGAGAAGAUGAAAGAAGAGACUCUACCAAAACAGAAUCAAGAGCAACUGUCAAAAGAGAACAUGACAGAAAAGAUGACUACAGACACGAAACGGAGAGAAGAGACAGAAGAGAUUCAAGGGAAGAUGACAGAAGAGAUGAAUAUAAAAGAGAAACGGACAGAAGAGAAGAGAUUAAGAAAAUAUCCGAGAGAAGAGACUCCAGGGAAGAUACUCGAAGAGAAAAUGACAGAAAAGAAAAUGUCAGAUCAAGAGAAUCGAGACAGGAUAUCAGAAACACGUUCGAGAGAAGAGAUUCAAGAGAAGAAAGAAGAGAUGAUAGAAAAGAAAGCGUGAGAUCAAGAGAAUCGUAUAAAAGAGAUUCGAGGGAAGAUUUAAGAAGAGAUAUUAAAGAAGAUAUACGGCAGGAAUAUAAAAAGCGAGAUAGCGAUAGGGACACCAGAAAGGAAGAUCUUCGCAGAGGUGAAGAUAGAUAUGAAAACAGCAGACGUGAAAGCUAUUCAAAAGAUGAACGAGGUAGGGAUGAGGUACGAAACGAAAGAAAGUCUGAUUCAAGAAGAGACGAGUACUCAAAGAGAGAAGACAGUAGAAGGGAUGAUUACAGAAAAGAAGAUUCGAGAGAGCGUAGAGGGACUGAUGACAGAGAAUACAUUUACAACAAGGUGGAGAAUGUGGCCAGAAGAAGAUCGCCUUCCCCAGAGCGAAGAACACCCCCAAGAGAUGCAGCUCGUAGAAGAUCUCCUUCUCCCAGAAGACGAUCCCCGUCUCCCAAAAGAGCAUCAAGAGCCAGAUCUCCACCGAGAUGGGAUGAAAGCGUCCCCGAUUCCCUUAGAGCCUCGCCCAAGAGAAGGAAUGAAAGCCCUGCAAGAUCUCCGCCUCGUAGAAAAGCAUCCCCUCCGCCAAGAAGAUCCCCCUCGCCGAGAGCUAGAGAAACACCCAGGGCGAGAUCUUUGCAGAGAAGAGCAGAGACACCUAGACGAUCGCCGUCUCCAAGGAGACGUACUCAAUCUCCUGGAGCCAGAGAUGUGCCAAAGUCUAGAUCAACGCCUAGCAGAACACAAACACCGCUGAGGUCGCCCACCCCUCAGAAAUACGAGCCUUCCAAAUCGCGAUCGACUCGCGAACCAGUGGUCGAAAAGGCUUCUAGGGCUGUGGCUCGUGGCUCAUCUCCAGACCCUCGGCGCACGCCUCCGCCGAAGCAGACGUCAGAUAAAGAAAAGCCUCAACGGAAGAAAUCGAUUGAACAGGAAAUUGAUCGGCUGGACAAAAUCGUAGACAGAGAUUUGAACGACAUUAUCAGUACGAUUGGCAAAAAAUCUGGACAACCCAGUGGCAAAGAGAAAGACGCUGAGAACAAUUUAAAACAAAAAAUCUUUAACCCAAGCUUCCAGGCUGAAAUGGAUACAUUUUUACGUGACAUUUAGGUCUAAUUUCAAGGCAACUUUACUAGAUUCAAUAAAAAUAUUUCAAAUGAAAAAAUCUUCGACAAUAACAGAAUGUGAGGGGGGGGGGGGGG